GUGAGAUACACAGGGGUACAGACCGAACAGCGUCCCCAGGGCACUUAUACGAUUCGCCCUGUUUCAUCUUCAUCGCGCGUUCUCUUUCCUAGAUUCGCGUCCGUUCUUCUUGACGUUCCUUUUCAUAUCUUCCGAGCUUUUUCUUGUCCAUCCCACUAUUCCAUUGACGCUGUAUCAUAGUAGAGUUCUCUUCAUCCUCUUUCUUGCCUUUCUCCAUCCUUUCAUACUGUACCAUAUCCAUAUCCAUAUCGUAUCGUCAUAUCACUACACGCAGCAUAUCCUAUCUAUCCCCACUCCUUAUACUCCUUAUCACCCACUCACUAUACACAGCAACAGUAGCCUAUCACCGCCAUGUCAUACACUAUCUCGACAUCCUUCACAUACGCCCCCGACGUCGUUGACCUUGAGGCUAUGAACAUCACAGAGACCUUCCCAGAGGCCUCCUCAUUCGACUUUGAUAUCAGUGAAAGUUAUAACCACAGCUACUCGGACUCUAUCUCGGGGAUCCCAUUGGCACAGCAGGCGCUCUGGGACGAUGGUCAGUUGUCGGUCCCACAAACCGUCAACUCGACUCGCAUCUACCCCACACCCUCUGCCCUGUCAUCCCUCAACAGCAGCGCUAACAACAGCAUGAAUUACGGACAUCCCUCGUCUCGGCAUCUCCUCGCGCCCCCACAACUCGGUCAUCAUCAGCGUACGACUUUACAGCUUCAAAGAUCACCGCUAAAGGACAAUAUUGGAUACUCUGACAGCGACAUUGCCAAUUUAAGCAACUCAAGCCAUCAUAGCUUUGACGAGCACGAGGAGAGUAGUCUGCACAAUGGCUGGGUGGACGAGACAAGGGAUCACAACGGGAUCAUGCUGCUCAGCGACAAGGAGCACCAGGACGAACAGCACCUAUUAUUUCUGCAGGAUAUUGGAGCGAACCUUAGUCGUGGCGAUAGCAUCUCCCUGUUCGCCAAGUUAGCCGAUGGCCUUGACACAUCCAAUUCGAUGUAGCACUAUUUGAAAGUGCUCACUGAUCCCUGGAUGUCUGAGUACCUGGGGUCCAACAAUAGUCUUCAUGGUCUUCUGCAGGGGAGUGGAGACCUCCCAUACAUAGUACACGCAGCAGCCCCCUUUCUUUCUUUGUUCUGUUCAGUGCCGU